AUGGUUUCGUUUUCAUGCGAGAAUUGCGGUGAUAUUCUCACCAAGAAGAAGCUCGAUCCUCAUCGGAAUCAAUGCCGGGGUGCGUCGUUUACCUGCAUUGAUUGCAUGGUGCAUUUCCAGGGUACCGAAUACAGAUCGCAUACGUCGUGUAUGACCGAAGCGCAAAAGUACGAGGGCGCACUCUAUAAAGAGAAACCUACGAAGAACGGGCGAAAGGGCAAGAAUGAGCCAAAGCUGAACGGCAUGCAACACCGUGCGCCGUACGUUGAGGACGUGACCGACGUCGAUUCCCCUAGAGCCAACGGGCGCGCACCAUCUGCCCACGAGCAGAAGCCUACUGCUGCGAACGAGCACACCAACAAGACCGAUAGCGGCAAGCCAGUAAAUGUAUUCGACUUCCUUCAACCCAAGACUCCGAAUAGCACGUCCAAGGUCUCUUUGGCCGAGCCCAAGGGUCAGAUGCGGAUGGUGGAUCAUGCCCCUCUGAUUUUCGAGACGAACAAGACCCACGCCCACUUGGACACUCCUGGCAAUGAUAAGAGUUACGAACAAAAUGGAUACUCCUACGGUGCAGACCCGAUCCCACAAUCGCAGUACCCGAAUCAAGGCGCCAACCCCUCGUUGGAGUUCGUGACACCGGUCCCCAAGAAAAAGAAGGACCGCAGCCGCAAGGACAACGGCGUUCUCACCAGCGAGAAGAAGCGCAAGCGGCGCACUGAUGAUGUCGACAUGGACGAUGUGAUGCCUCUCGUUGACAGUCCCAUGAUAGAUGCUCCAUCUAGUAUCCGGAACAACCCCGGUACGCCCAUGAUCAAGCACUCAGGGCUGACCGGUGGACUGGACCGGAUGUUGAGGUCUACGUCGGUGGAGGGUGAAGAGCAGCCUCGUCGCCGCUACGAAGAACCCGUGUCCCCAAUCAAGCGGUCUAAGAAAGAGAAAGAGCCCAAGAAGACCCGCGCGGAACGUCUCGUCUCAUCCAUGUUCGGCGGCUCCGUGGUCUCCAGCAGCAGCGCUGACUCUCAGCCCAAGACAAUCGUCCGCCACCGUCGCCGCAGCUCUUCCGACGAUGGUGAGGUUCCGGAUAUUAAAUCUAAGAAGGCACCCAAGGUGCGCAACGUCUCCGACAGCCAGGUGGUUGCGCCCGAGCCCAAGAGCAAGCGCAAGACCAGCGCCCAGACAGUGGAGGGCGACCAUCCCUCCCGGCAAGUCAGCGGCCCAGGCGCCGGGGAAAUGCUGCUCUACCCACAAGCCAACGUCCCUACCGACCAGCAACGCGACAUGGCGGCCCACUUCCUGUCGCUGGUGACCAAAGGCCCUGAAAGUUCACGCGGUUUCUCGAUCAACAAGAUUCUGAAGCGCUUCCACAACGACGAGGAAGGUCAACGUCCUGAUCGCGAGCAGCGUCAGGAGGAAGAGAAGGAACUGUGGCGGGCAUUGCGGUUGAAGCGAAACGAACGUGGAGAGAUUGUGGUGUUCUUUUAA